CGCUACCUCACCUUAUUGCCAUUGCCAACCUCUAGUCUGCACACCUACGGAUACUUCUUUAUUUCAUAGGAAACGCCAGUCAAUCUCAAGCUUCAGUUGGCUUCCCUUUCACAGUCGCUUCUAUUUCUUCUGCCAAUACCUUGACUGCUCUCUCUUUGUCGUGCAUCCACGAGCUACCUGCGUCUCCUGCGACAGCCAUCCUCCCAUCUAAUCUAGUUCCGUACCUACGAAGGAAGGCUACCGACCAGAGACAAACAAUGACCAUAGAUUCCAAGCCGCCCGAGAUGUCUGCCGCAACAAAAGAGGUUCUGGGUCGCGUGAGACGGAUGAUCCCUCCCAUGCUAAACCACUUCCAUAAAGGCCAGAUGGGCCGGGUCGGUGUUCUAGGCGGUAGCGAAGACUACACCGGUGCGCCAUAUUUCUCGGCCAUGGCCAGCGCACGACUGGGUUGCGACAUGUCCCACGUCAUCUGCACACCAGCCGCAGCAGCCGUCAUCAAGACCUACUCACCGAACCUCAUGGUCCACCCCCUCAUGCGCCAGUCCCCCCCUCGCGGCAGCACGGUCCAGGCCAUGGCCGACAAGAACAGCAAGGACCCGGACGAAGACCCGGAAGACAUCGCGGCCGCCGUGGCCGAGAUGCUGCCGCGGCUCCACGUCCUGGUUAUCGGCCCGGGCCUGGGCCGGGACCCCCUCAUGCAGGAGACGGUGGCGCGGGUGCUGCGGUCCGCGCGCGAGCGCAACCUCCCCGUCGUCCUGGACGCCGACGCGCUGCUCCUCGUGCAGAAAGACCCGUCGCUGGUACGGGGCUACGGGAACGCGGUCAUCACGCCCAACGUCGUGGAGUUCGGGCGGCUCUGCAAGGCGCUCGGGGUCGAGGAGCAGGUGGCCCGGGCGGAGGACAAGGGGGGCGAGACGGCCCGCGUGGAGGCACUUGCUAAGGCGCUGGAGGGCGUCACGGUCAUACAGAAGGGCGGGGUGGAUUACAUCUCGAACGGGACGACGACGCUGGCUGUCGAUCUCCCGGGGGGUAGGAAGAGGAGCGGGGGCCAGGGAGAUACGAUGACCGGGUCGGUGGCUACGUUCCUCGGAUGGAGGAAGGCGUAUCUUGAUGGGAUCUGGGAUCGCGGGGACGACCUUCUCAGCGAGGAGGAGAUGCUUGGUCUUGCCGCAUUUGGGGGGAGUGCUAUCACGAGGGAGUGUUCGCGACUGGCGUUUGCAAAGAAGGGCCGGAGUUUGCAGGCCAGCGACCUGACUGACGAGGUGCAUAACGCUUUCAUGAAUCUGUUUGGCGAGAUAGAUGAGGAUGCUGGAGGUUCCAAGUUGUAAUUGGUGCCUUUAAUGUGCCACAAGUAUGAAGUUCGAGAUCCACCUAUGGAAGUGUGGCCUCGAAUAGAUUUCGUCCAUCUCAGGUGCGAGAGAUCAGAAGUGUGACAUGUAACAACAUUGUCCUAGUGAGCCGUUAUUUUUGAUCGGUUCACCAGAGGUCGCUCAUGUACUUUUCGUCUGUCAGAUCAGUGAUGUUGUUGGCACCUCAGCCAACGUUGCUGAUGUCCCUACUUGCUGGUCGUGUAGGUAGCCACGGCACGUCAGAUCUUCCUCGACGGUUGGGAAGAUAGAUGACCAACUUGUGUCAUUUAUCACAUUACAGAAUAUACAUGCGAAUUUGGGGC